AGAGGAGAAGAGGAGUAGGAGGAAGAGGAGAAGGAGGAGGUAGCCGAAGCGGAGGGAGCGAAGGGGGUCGGAUUGAAAACAGACCAGCAGCCCUGAUGAUCUCAACACCACCGCAUGUCCUCGCAGCAACUGUCCGCAAAACCCCAUCUAAGUUAAUUUUGCUCCUGCUAACUUUGACCAAAACGCUCGCGACUGUUGGCGGAAAGGAGCAAAGAGCGAGGGCAUCUUUUUGCUGUGGGACUGGAUUCCCGGAGCAAUCGGACAGUCAAAGUUAACAUCGGACAAAAAGAAGAGGGAGCGCAACAGCUUCAAAGUGAAAAGAUAACGACGGUGGAGAUUGUCGAACAUUAAAAGUGCAGCAUGGAGACAUCAGCUCCAGCUGCCACUGAGAAGAAGGAGUGCAAAGGUACUGGUUUGGAUGGAAGCAGCUUCUCAGAAAUUCCAAAGAAGCCCUCCCCCACCUCCAGAGGUGUACACCACAUCUUCCCGACAUUUCACACACCCAUCCCAAUCGACAUGAGACACCAUGAGGGGCGGUACCAUUAUGAACCCCACCCUCUGCACACCAUGCAUGGAGGUCCGGGACUAACUGGCAGUCCAGUCAUCUCAGACAUCUCCCUCAUUCGUCUAUCGCCCCAUGCACCGACUGGGCCGGGUGAGUCUCCGUUCAGCCCUCCACAUCCCUACGUCAGCCCACACAUGGAGCAGUACCUACGCUCAGUACAUGGAAGCCCCACCCUCUCCAUGAUCUCAGCGGCACGAGGACUGAGCCCUGCCGAAGUUACCCAUGAACACUUAAAAGACCGGGCCCUAUUCACUCUUCCUCCACCACCACCACCAGGGGCCAACCCCACAGAAUAUUACCAUCUGAUGGCCAGUGCUAGCCAGCGAAAUCCAUAUGGAGACCUCUUGAUGCAAAGCGGUGCAGCGGCAGCGGCAGCAGCAGCAGCAGCAGCAGCAGCAGCAGCGGCAGCUCAUUUACCAGAUUACAUCAGUCCAGUGGAUGUGUCGCGUUUUUCCAGUCCUCGGAUGACACCCCGACUGAGCAGGAAAAGGGCACUAUCCAUCUCUCCGCUAUCAGAUGCCAGCAUCGACCUGCAGACCAUGAUCCGCACCUCACCUAACUCCCUGGUUGCCUACAUCAACAACUCCCGUUCUAGUUCGGCUGCCAGCAGCUCCUAUGGACACCUUUCAGUCGGAGGAAUCAGCCCUUCAUUCAGCUUCCCUCAUCCCAUUAACCCAGUGGCGUAUCAGCAGUUGUUGUCGCAACAGAGAGGUCUGAAUGCCUUUGGCCACAAUCCCCCUCUCAUUCAACCGCCACCAUCCUCGUUCUCUGCCCGCCAGCAUUCCCUGGUCACUCCGCCUAUGUCCACUUCUCAUAACAGCACUACAUCAGAAGCUAAUCAGAAUGCCAGUGGAGAUCCAGCCGUGAGCAGCACAGUCAACCCAUUGAACUCCAAAAGGACAAAGGUUAAAAUGGAAGUCGAAGGACCUCUGCCCAUCUCACCAACCUCUCUGGACCAUGGUGGAGGAAUGCUGGAAAUGAGUGAAGAGCUUGAUAAAGAUGAGUGCAAACACGAACCUGAGGCCAUAUAUGAGACCAACUGCCACUGGGAAGGUUGUACCAAGGAGUAUGAUACCCAAGACCAACUUGUACAUCACAUCAACAAUGACCACAUCCAUGGUGAAAAGAAGGAGUUUGUGUGUCGGUGGGUGGAGUGUUCACGAGAGCAAAAGCCCUUCAAGGCCCAGUAUAUGCUGGUGGUCCACAUGAGGAGACACACGGGCGAGAAGCCGCAUAAAUGCACAUUUGAGGGCUGCACAAAAGCUUACUCCCGGCUAGAGAAUCUCAAGACCCACCUUCGGUCUCACACUGGGGAGAAGCCCUAUGUGUGUGAGCAUGAAGGCUGCAACAAGGCUUUCUCAAAUGCUUCAGACCGAGCCAAGCACCAGAAUCGUACACAUUCUAAUGAGAAACCAUAUGUAUGUAAAAUUGCGGGUUGUACCAAGCGCUACACAGAUCCCAGCUCUCUCAGGAAGCAUGUUAAGACUGUUCACGGACCGGAGGCUCAUGUCACCAAGAAACAGCGAAGUGACGCUCCUCGAGGACUUCAACCUCCCAAAGACAAUGGCGAGAAUGAGUUCCAUUCUAGAAAUGGCACAGGAAGUGUGGAUGAAAGGACCGAUGCCAAAGGCACCAUGAGAAGCAUGGAAGACUGUCUACAAGUCAAAUCAAUCAAGACUGAGAAUACCAUUAUGUAUCAGUCCAGUCCUGGUGGUCACUCAUCAUGUAGCAGUCAGCCAUCACCUCUCAGCAGCACCAACAACAACGACAGUGGGGUAGAGAUGGCCAUGCACAGUGGGGGCAGCUUUGGGGACCUGAGUGCACAAGAUGAAUGUCCUUUGGUUGACUCUACUGUUCCUGCUGGAGGACAACAGACAGGGAUGGGACUUCAGCUGAGGACAGCAGUGAGUCAUUGUGGCACAGUUACCAUCAAAAUGGAGACUAUCAAGAAAGAAAAGCUGAAGACGGUGAGAGACUCCUGCCCGUGGGUCAAUUCUGCACCACAGCCCCUACAGGGCCAACGCAACAACACUAAGCUGCCCCCAAUACCUACAGCUGGUUCCUUGCUGGAGAACUCCAACUUAACAACUAACCUCAACAGUUUACACAAUGGUCAGCGUUUUGGAGACCAGUCUUUGUGUGAAGUUACUCUGCUAAACCAACUAAAUGAUCGGCGUAAUAGCACAACCAGCACAAUCAGCUCAGCAUACACCCUGAGUCGGCGCUCAUCCGGCAUCUCACCUUGCUACUCCAGCCGUCGCUCCAGUGAGGCAUCCCAAUUUGGUGCUAACCGUCAUAACAAUAUCAGUUCAGCAGACUCCUAUGACCCAAUCUCCACUGAUUUGUCCCGACGCUCCAGUGAGGCUAGCCAUUGCGGAGGUGGUGGUGCUGGUGGAGCAGGGGGAGGAAAUCUCCCAAGCCUUCUAAGUCUGACCCCAGCUCAGCAUUAUCGUCUAAAGGCAAAAUAUGCUGCUGCCAUUGGUGGAGCACCACCUACACCCUUGCCCAAUAUGGAGAGAAUGAGCCUCAGGACCCGGAUGGCCCUCUAUAGUGACUCUCAGGAAUAUUCAACACACCAUUACCACCAGCCACCCUCUGGAAAUGUGCCACGGCGAUGCAGUGAUACUGGAUAUGGCAACCACAGCCUGAUGCCCCAUGAGGUACCUGCCAACCUUCCACGCCGGGCCAGUGACCCAGUGCGCUGUCCCACCCAUGACACUCUUUCUACAGUUCCACGCUAUAACAGUAUGAACAGCAUGAAUAGUUCGUCAGAAUGUCACCAAGCAUUGGCAAUGUAUGGUUACACUCGUUCUGAUGGCAACCUGCAGCGCUACCCGUUUGCCCCCAGACCACCAAGCAUUUCAGAGAAUGUAGCUAUGGAGAACAUGGCGGUAGAUGGGAUGGGAAAUAGGGGCGAACAGGGCGCGGAGGAUGAUAUAGUUCUUCCAGAUGACAUGGUGCAAUACCUUAGGUCCCAAAACCCAGGCAACCAAGGUCACAACUUAGGAGAAGGGAACUACCAAUUCAAUAACCAGUCUCAGGGCUAUCAGACUGGCAGUGCCCCGCUCGCCUCAUUUUAUACCCAGAGAAGGGGUCCUUUGUUUGAUCCCUGUUUGAUGCAGUCUGGUCAGGAUAUGAAUCAUAGUGACCCCCAAGAGGCUUUCUCAACGUCAUCACAUAUUAACAAGAAUAAUAUGCCAGUUCAGUGGAACGAGGUGAGUUCAGGAACCGUCGACGCUGCAACAAAGCUCCCCAAACAGCAACAUUCUCUCAGGGGAAACCUAACUGUUGUUCCACAGAGGAACAAUUUUGCUUCCUUCCAGGCACAAGGUCAAGGCCUUGGCAGCAAUCAGCAAGUCGUACCAGUGAAUCAGAAUAUGUAUAAACAGGGCUAUGCAAAUCACAACAACAAGAGGCUGAACAACCCCCAUCAUCAGCAAAAACAGUGCAGCACUUUGAAAUUGAAUGAUCAAAAUUCUGUACAAGGGUUUAGCCAAGACACAAUUCAAAAUCCUAUUUCUGCAAGCAAUAAUGUGCGAGCCACUCGGAAUAAUGUGAUGGAUCAAGGAAUGCAAAGUUAUAGAGGAAGGGCACAACCGGAUGAAUAUUCUCACAUAAACCAUGUAGUUUAUCAGCAACAGCACUAUAAUAUUUUAUCCCAGCACAGCAACAUACAGAAUGGUACCAGUGUAAUGUUACCGCCAAGACCCCCAGUAGAGCCCAAGGCAGGUGGCAGGCAGCAUCCUGUUUCUGGUAUGAUGCAAUUGAACAGAAUACCCAAGUUAUCUGAUGUGAGUCCCGGUCUGCGGAACAACACGUCAGAGGCAAGUCCAAAAAGGCCCAAUGGGACGGCGACCUUACGAAACAACUCUGAGAAUCCCAACUCUGCAAUGUUCUACACAGGUGAAAUUCAUUUGUUUGAACAAACACCUGCAACCUUCGAGGCCUCAGUGUCCCCCAAUGUAAGCCAGACCCCUGCCAAUAACAACGUGGCAGUAGGUAACAUGGUCUCACCAGGAGUCAACCAGGUCUCUAGCAGUACAGUAGAUUCUUCCACAGGUAGAAAUGGUGGUGCGGAACACACCCAAAUCGAUUUUGACUCGAUCUUAGAUGAUGGAGAUCACUCCAGCCUGAUGUCAGGGACCCUUAGUCCUGGCCUUUUGCAGAGCCUCUCCCAGAAUUCAUCUCGUCUCACCACCCCUCGCAAUUCUGUUACUCUUGCAUCGGUACCAGCAGGAAUUGGCAACAUGGCCAUUGGGGAUAUGAGCUCAAUGCUCACAGCACUGGCUGAAGAAAGCAAAUUCCUCAAUAUGAUUAGUUAGGAGCAAACACAGCUUUAAGCCAAUUCAGUCGCAAUAAUUCAUACAUCAGGAAUACAUGGACUGGACAAAGCACUGACUGAACAAUGAAUAAGUGGUCAUUUUAUUUGUUUUAUUGUCACUGUCUACAGUAUAUCAGUAUGAUAUUCUUGUUAGAUUUGUAUUAAGAUGUUUAUGUCAAGAGUCUAGGAGAUAAGAAAGGACUCAUUCAGCCAUAUACACACAAACACCAGUGGCGUUGGGGUCGACGGUGGAGGUGUAAAACAUACAUAUCUACAUACAUACAUAGUACAUGCAUACAUACGUACGUACGUACAUACAUACAUACACAGACAUACAUACAUACAUACAUACAUACAUAUAUACAUACAUACAUACAUACAUACAUACAUACAUACAUACAUACAUACAUACAUACAUACAUACAUACAUACAUACAUACAUACAUACAUACAUACAUACAUACAUACAUACAUAGUACAGUCAAACCUCGGUUUUUGACCACAAUCCGUUCCAGAAGUUCGAGAAGUGAAUCGGUCAAAUUCCGAAUCUAUUUUUCCCAUUAUAAAUAAUGGAAAAUGUUUUAAUCCAUUCCAAGACUUUAAAAAAACACCUUUUUUAAGCAUUUUUUUCAUUUGCGCAUUUUUGACCGUUCGUGCAACCGCACAACUGCACCGCGCUGGUCGCAUUAUUGUGACAGAGCCGUCGCUGGAAUUUAGAAAAUAUUUUUAAAGUCCUGAUGUACUUUCCAAAAUUUAAGUGGACCUCAGUGCGCAGGGAGCUUAAUUUGGUCCGAUCGCGCAACCGCAGCGGGCCAAGUGCUCACUGUCGCAAUGCUUUAAGAGCGUCUUUGUGUUUUCGGAUGGCUUUACUGCUCCCACUUGCUUUCUUUGGAGGCAUGAUUCGGGAUUACCGUUUUUUUCCAUGUAUAAUGCGCCCCCAUGUAUAAUACGCACCCUAGAAAUGGCAUGUCGAUGCUGGAAAAAAGCCUGUACCCAUGUAUAAUACGCACACAAAUUUUGACUCCUACUUCAGUCCGUAAACGUAAAAUUAUUUCAGAAAAAAGACCAUCUUUGGGAACAACCGGAUGUUAUUCUGCCGGUCAGUAUCACUGCGCAUGCGCUAGCAAACUCGAUAGCGAAGAAAUGUUUCGGAUUUGUGUAGGGUACAUUGUGACAGCAAACGAGCAGGUGAUCGAGCAAGCGUCUGAUACGUGAGCAUUGUGUUCGUAUGGAGCGCGUUUGGAGUGAACAGCAGAGAAGAAAGCGCAUCUGUAAUGGCGGCCUCCGUAUCAUAUCCGGAUUUAAAAAAUAUAUAUAUAUAUUAUUAUUAUUUUUUUGUACCCAUGUAUAAUGCGCACCCCAGAAUUUAGGACAAUAAAUUUGUUAAAUUUUGCGCAUUAUACAUGGAAAAAAACGGUAAUACAAUCCUCAAAGUAAGGAAAAUACAAUAACAAACGGAGUCAGUCGGCAUCCGGGCCGCGCGGUCGGGUUUUCUCGGGUGCUUUCAGCUCAUCUCGCAAGGUUCGACCUCCGAAUUUUGUUCGACAACCGAAGCAAAAAACAUCCCGAUUUGUUCGAGAACCGGGACGUUCGAAAACCGAGGUUUGACUGUACAUUAGAGGUGUAAAUCGCGGGUUUUGUCACAAUACGAUAUAAUAUCGAUACAAAGAACUACGAUACAAUAUUUGCCGAUAUCUUAAAGCCUGCUGCGAUUCAUUCACGAUAUAUCGCGAUAUAGUGCUCUACGAUCGAUUUUUUUUUUUUUAAUAAAAAAUAUAGAACAAUAACCUGAUUUAUAACAAUUCAUACGCAAAAUCAACAAGGUACUGCAAACUCUUUAUUUAGGAAAUUACAAGAGUAUUGUAGUAUACAAAGUGCUUAUUUUAACACUGAACUUUGAUGUCGUGUUUUUUCUUUAAAUGUGCGGCGAGAUUUGUGGUCCCUGAAUAUUUGAUCACCGCAUGGCAGGAUUUACAAACUGCACGUGUCUUGUCCGUUGAGCCAUCUUUUCUUUGGAAUCCAAAGUGCUUCCAAACGAAUGACUUGAAGCCUAAAGGGGAGCAAAUUUCCUCGUCUUUUUGGACACUAGCCAUAGCACCAGCCCAGGAGCCGCGUACUAGUUGUCGACUCCCCUUUCAUGUGCCUGCUCUGAUCACAACACAACAACGCCGCGGCGCGCACAGCUCCCGGAAAGAGGAAGCAAGCAACAAUGAACUGGAUUUCAAAAUAAAGUCGCGUCUAAUGUCCGACGUCAAACACGGCGAUAUAAAUCGAUGUUUACGUUUAGCAUCGAUGCCAAUAAAUCGUAGAGCAUUAUAUCGAUUAAUCGAUGUGUAUCGAUGUAUCGUUACACCCCUACUGUACAUACAUGCAUACAGACAGACAGACACGCAAAUUCACUCACACACACACGGUAUAUAGUGCUGCACUGAAAGCAUUUCACAUUGCCUUGCAGAGGAUAUUGGGGAUGAGCAUCUAAUCACAGCUCCAUCACAAGAAAACGGCUGGUAUUCCAGUGGAGACCAAACUUUUAGAAUUAUACUGUAUGGUACUUCCUUCAAGUAAUAUGAUAGUCUUUUGUAAUGUGUUAUAAUGACUUAUACAUAAUCAUGGUGAAAUAUUUGAAACUAAUAUCAGGGUCCACUGACUUGCUUUUUUAUCAUCGUCUGCACAUUUGAGGAUGCUAUUAUAAUUCAGAGGCAAGAUCUCUUUGUGACGUCAAACCCACAAGGGUGAAAGACUGAAAUGGACAAUGAUAUGCUUUGGUCUGUCAAGGAAUUCGGACCCCUAUGUGUGAUGGGCAACAUUCUCUAAAAGUACAUUAGUGUGUUCCUAAUGGGAUCCAACUCUAAUUAACACAUUCAUAACAUCACCCCAGGACCUUUGUGCUACAACCCAUACCUCCCCUGGGCUAUGGAUGAACCGCAGGAUGUCAAAUUCAGAAAAGGACAGACUUUGAUAUUCAAAAUCUUGUUUCUGCAUACUAGCUCAUCAAAAUCCCAAGUUUUAAUUUGUUCCUUGUAUUUCUAAGUAGCCUUUAAAAUUGUCUGUGUAUUUACUACUACAGUAUAUACUUUUACAAGUUUGUUUGGCUUUGUGUGACACUGUAUAUAGCCUUUGUAUAUUUCAAAUAAACUAUGACUUUUUUUCUGUG